AUGGCACCACCUCGGUGGCGCUGCAUGCUUAUUGCAGCCUUGGAGGUUGCAAUAGCCGGACUGCCAAUCAUCCUAGGCAGUGCUGUCGCCGGUGCAGGCGUGCAGCAGGACGACUUGUCUGUGCGUAGCUUUGCACAGCGUCUGGCUCUCACAGCAAACGAUGCAAAGUUAGAUCGUUGGCAAACGGAAGUAGACCAGGGUAUUGCAAGUUUUCAGGAUGGGCUGAAGAAAGGCUACCCCGCCAAGCCUACACGUGAUUCUCUUCAUGGGAAGUCUCGUUUCGCUCUAAAGGACACCCCUGGAGAGGUUUUCCGGUUCAGUAGAGUGGCGUCUCCUCGCAUCUUCGACUUCGAAGCCCUCAGCGGCCCCACAAAACGCAUGGUGGAUGCAGAUGUUUUUUACAAAGAUGCGCAGGUGUUAGAAGAUCCUUUAAAAGAUGCGGCGGCGAUGGUGGCUCGUGCGGGGGAGCUGCUGGAGGGCCUGAAGGCAUUGGGGCCGAAGUUGAGAGAAGAUGUGGAUGUGAUGACAGCCAAGUCGGCGCACACGUUGGAGCUGCUGAAAAGAGGGUUGGCUGCUGAGAAGCUGAAGAUCCUCGCUCAGUAUGAGUCGCAAGCCACAGCAGAGUUGGAAGCGGCAAAGAAGGUGGUAGAGAGUAUUCAACGUGCGGACGGCACCGUGGUGAAGGCAACUGCUGAGGCGGGUCGAUUGCUGCGCUUGGCUGGGCAGCAGAUUGAGGGUAUAGGGCAGGAGGCAGCAUCAGUGCGGAAGGCUUUGCGUAAUGUGGAGGUGCAGUUCUCUCAUCACGUGGCGAGCAGCGGGGCAGAGAUGAAUUCUUCUGUGCAGCAUAUGAAACGGGCUGAGGAGGAACUGGCGUCGCUUAGCAAAACGUUUCAAGAGGGAAUGGCGGAGUUGAAGAGACGGAAGGCGAUGCUCCAACUUAUAGAGGAGGCGGAGCGAUCGCUCCAGCAGGUAGAAGAUGAACUCCGCACUCUUGUUGGCUUGGGAUUGUCCGCUGGACAGAUCCGCAAGGAUGCGCAGGCAGCAGAAGCAGCACGAGACAGCUUGGCGCUGCAGCAGCUGCUGCUGCGUGCAGGCGAUGGCACGUUAAGGGUGGGAGAAGCGGUGGGAGGAGCGGAGGCGAUGCUGGCAGACUUCGCGUUGAGGGUGCAGGCUGUAGAUUCUAUGGUGGCUUCGGUGCAGAGUGCAGCUCUAAAGGCGAGAGGAGUGUCUGCUGCUGAGCAGCUGCGGUCUCGGGCGCAGCAGGUUCAGCUGAAGCUACAAGAGAAGGCGCUGCAGGCUACCAAUGCACUUGCUGCUGUGAAGGAAGAAGUAAGCCGCCAACUCCGGCUCCACCUGGGAGACUACGAAAAGGCUAUAGAAGAUGGAGACGCCUGGGUGCGGCAGGCGGCGCAGCAGCACAAAAUGCUGAAUGCAGCUCUUCUGGCUCGUGAGGAGGAGUCAGCUGGUGCGAGAAAGGCUGCGGAGCAGUUCAGCAAGAUGCUGAUGGAGGACGUGGAGGAGGCGCAGAACAAGGUGACCAGUGGUCAGGCCCAGUGGCCAGCUCUUGAAGCUCAGUACUCAUUUGAAUCUAGACGCGCAGCAGCAGAGCGCCUCAUGGAAGAAGCACAAGCAGCAGCAGGGAAGGCUGCUGCUGCGUUUCGUAGCGUUGAGAGACAGGCUACGGAUUUCUUUGCGGAGGCGGCGCAGACUAUUGAGGACCUAAAGAAGCUGGAGAAGAAAGUGCACGACUUAGCAGAAGCAGCACGGACACAGCAUGCUGACCUGUUGAAGGAGCAGCAGCGGCUGGAAGCAGCAGGUGCUGCAUCGGCUGCAGCAGCAGGAGCAGAAGCAGCAGCAGCACGAGAUCGGGCUGAGACCGCCGUAAAGAUAGGACAGCGUUUUGCUCAGCAAAGACUAGACGUGGCGCAGCAGGUGGAAGAGACGAAAGCAGUAUUGGAGGAGAUGGGGAAGCGGCUGCUGCAGAAGCCGGGAGCAGCUUCAGGCAAGGGUAGCAAAGGGGGUGCACAGGGGGAUGAUGCUCUCAGUACGAAGGAGAUCCUUACUAGAUACGGAAACAAAGCCAAUGAACACCUCAAAUAUGCACAGCAGCACCUCGAUAGAGCGAAAGAGGUAAAGCUGCAGGUGCUGAAGGUGCAGCAGACCCUCCAGGGAGACGUCAAGGACCUAAGGACUGCACUGAAAGCCACCUCCGUCCGGCAACGCGUACAGGACAGCAGCAGCGGCAGCCAGCCGAGCACGCCUGCGCCGCCUGCAAGCGGCGGAGCAGAUCAACAGUGGCAGAGUUCAAGCAAGGGUUUAUCAGAUACGUUGGAGAGGCGGAUAGGCCACUUAACAGCGCUUGCAGCCGAGCUGCAGAAACAGCAAGAGGCAUCGCACAAGCAGCAGCGAGAAGCACAGAAAGCAGCAGCUAACUUACGCCUAGCGGGGUUGAGGGCCGUUGUUGGAGAAGGGUCGCAGGUUAGCAGCGAGUUAGAGGCACAAGAGAUGCAGGCGGCGCUCGACGCAGCAGACGCCGUUGCUGCAGAUGUUGUGAAGAAGGCGAAGGUGCUAGAAGAAGGGCUGCUGCUAUUCCAAGAGCAAGAGGGGGGUAGCAACGCGCUCAAUCAGGUGCUAGAGGAAGUGUUAAUAGAACUCGCUAACCUUCUCAAGACGACAGAGAACAAACUCGGAGACGUCAUGCAGCUGGGGGUCCCCGCAUUUGAGACCCUCGUACAAAGUGCACACAACGCAGCAGAGGCGCUGCAUGCAGAGAGGAAGGCAGCAGCUGCAGAAGGGAAGAGCGCUGACCCUGACUCUGCUGCUGCAGCUGAGUUUGCUGCUGCUGAUACCCGAGCGCGGCAGCUCGGGGAGUUCUUAAGUGGGGAGGCUGAAGAGGUGGAGGUGUGCGCGAAGCACUUGAUCAGCACUCUGGUGGAGCUGCAGACGUUCAGGGACAGCCACGGGCUUGCAGCUGCCACACAGCAACCCCGCAGCAGCAACCAAAGAAGGAACAGCAGCAGCAGCAACGCUGGAGUGGUCUCCUCAACGCCGGGUGUUGUCGCUGGCCCGAGGUCUCGCCGUCUCGGUGCAAGCAGCAACGGAGCUGCUACAGCAGGCGCGUCUGUCGAGGAUUUACAACAGCAGGCAGUUGACCUUAAGGGACGAGCAGAAGAGGCAGUGGCGGGGCUGAAGGCCCGCAUGCAGCACCUUCAGGCGCUGCGUGAUAUGGGGACAGAUGCUCCACCUGCUUUGGCGGCUGCGUCGUACGGUGCAGCAGCUAAGAGUUAUUUAAUCCCAGACACCAGCAGCAAACCCGAUGACUCUGCUGCAGAUACAGGGGCUGGGGCUGGCACGGGAGACGGCAGCGGGAGCGGCGAAGAGGAGGAACAAGGGAAGGAAGAAGAGGAUGAGAGGACAGAAGGCACCACAAGCCCCAGACUAUACCUUGCUGUGGGCAUAGCCAGCGGGCUGCUGCUACUGCUGGGGCUGUCGGGAUGCGGGCUGUACGCGCGGCGGCAGAGGGCAAGGAGACUGAAGAGCUUAAAGCAAGGAGUAUCAACAUCAACAACACACCAACACACCACAGGAGGAGACCCCCCAGGGGACGGGGGGCCCUUCUCCAGCCCCACACGUGACUUCGAUGAGGCCACCCACGGGGGAGGAACUGCAGCAGAAGAGGAGGAGGUUGGUGGCUGGGGAGAAGAAGAACAAAUGAAACAAGCAGCACUAGGAGAGCCUCUAGGGACCGUCGUCACAGCCGUUGCAGCGCCUGAGGCGGUUAUGGGAGGAUUGGAGACAGGCAAAACGGAGACAACGAGGAGACAGUACUUUGUUGAUGAACACCACACCGUUGCUAGAGAACUCAGCCACAGCCAACCACCGAGAUGCCGCACCCCCCUCGUGUUCUUCUGCUCAACACCGAAGGACCUGCGCUCCCCCAGAGCAGACAUUAACACUGCAGGCACAGCUGUACGCACACCCCGCUUGUGGGAAUCUAAACACAGGGAGGGGUCUUUCAGGGGACGCUCGGCUUCGCCUACGAUGGGCCACCACAGGCAGCAGUAUGUGCAGCAGCAACAGCAGCAAGAGCAAGAGCACAGCAGGAGAGCACGGCAGCUGGAGAACUUAGAGGCCGCAGUGAAGCUCGAACAGGAGACGCAAGACUCCGAGGCCUCCAGCGGCAGCUUACACGUCGUCUGA